AUGGCUGCGGUGGGGCCGAGGUCUGGCCCUAGUGCCGGCGCAGAGGCUUUGGCCCUGGCGGCCGAGCUGCACGGGGAGGCUACGUGCUCCAUCUGCCUAGAGCUCUUCCAGGACCCUGUGUCCAUCGAGUGUGGCCACAGCUUCUGCCGCUCCUGCAUCGCCCGCUGCUGGGAGCGCCCAGGGAUCCCGGUGUCGCCUGCACCCCGCGCCCUGCCCUGCCCUCAGUGCCGGGAACCCGCACGGCCGAGCCAGCUCCGCCCCAAUCGCCAGCUGGCGGGGGUGGCCAGUCUGCUCCGCAGAUACAGUCUCUCCCCGUCUGGGGAUGGAGACGGGGAGGGCGCGGGGAGCCUGGUGUCUGGCUGCGUCCAACAUGGGGAGCCCCUGAAGCUCUACUGCCAGGAUGACGGGAGGGCCAUCUGCGUGGUUUGCGACCGCGCCCGAGAGCACCGCGCCCACGCCGUGUUGCCGCUGGAUGAGGCGGUGCAGGAGGCCAAGGAGAUGUUGGAGUCCCGGCUAGGUGCCCUGAAGAAGGAAUUGGAGGAGUUUGAAGAUUUUAAGUCCAUGGAGGAGAAGGAGAGCCGGGAGCUCCUGAAGCAAGUGACUGUGGAGCGGGAGAAGGUAGGGGCAGAGUUUCAAGCAUUGAGGGCCUUCCUGAUGGAGCAAGAAAGCCGGCUGGUGGGGCGCCUGGAAGAGCUGGCCAGGGAAGUGACCCAGAGGCAAACUGAGAACUUGAACCAACUUGCCAGUGAGAUCUCCCUGCUGUCCAAACUCACCACCGAGAUGGAAGAGACCUCCCACAAACCUGACCUGGACUUCCUGCAGGAGUUCAAGAACACAUUAGGCAGGUGUGACAACGUGCCUGGCCCCAAACCAGCCUCUGUGUCUUCUGAGAUGAAGAGUAAAGUUUGGAAUAUUUCACUCAAGACCUUUGUUUUGAAGGGACUGCUAAAGAAGUUCAAAGAGGAUCUUCGGGGAGAACUGGAAAAAGAGGAGAAAGAUAGAUCCCUGUACCAGGCACAUUGGGGGGGAGAGACAGAAGAAAGGAAGAAACAUGGUCCCUGCCCUUGGAGAGCUCCUGUGGAAUUGACAUUGGAUCCUGACACAGCCAAUCCCCGCCUCAUCCUCUCCCUGGAUCUCAAGAGCGUCCGCUUGGGCCCCCGACCCCAGGAUCUGCCCCCCAACCCCCGGCGCUUUGACACAAAUACUCGAGUGUUGGCCUCCCGUGGAUUCUCUUCUGGCCGUCACCACUGGGAGGUGGAGGUGGGCUCGGCAGACGGCUGGGCCUUCGGGGUGGCCCGGGAGAGUGUCCGGAGGAAAGGGCUCACUCCCUUCACCCCCGAAGAGGGCGUCUGGGCCCUUCAGCUCAACGGGGGGCAGUACUGGGCCGUGACAUCCCCUGAGCGCACCUCGCUGAGCCCCGGGGGGCGGCUGGCCCGGGUUCGGGUCGCCCUGGAUUUAGAGGCUGGAGCGGUAUCUUUCUAUGCUGCGGAGGACAUGAGGCACAUCUACACCUUCCGAGUGGCCUUCAGAGAGCGAGUCUUUCCCCUCUUCUCGGUCUGCUCUACUGGAACCUACUUGCGGAUCUGGCCAUGA